AUGAUAAAAGCAAAACAAAAAAUUACCUUUCCUAAGAUACUUGAUGUAAGAAAUUUUUGUUAUUUUUAUGAUAAAGCUAAUGAUUACAAUAAUUCAUUGGUUAGUUUAUCAACAAUGUCAAAAAAUUGUGUAUCUAAUAAUAUACAUAAUAAUAAAUCAGGUAUUUUAAAUAACAUACCAUUGAAAGAAAACUCAAAUGCAUCUUCUUAUGAAAUGAAUAUUAAUUCAUCAUCAAAUAUUUUAAAUAACAAAUUGCCUGUUGCUGAAGAUUUAAAGAAUGGGUAUAUUAUUUCAAAAAUAAUUGAAAAUCAUUCUAGUAUUAAUGAGUACAAAUAUAAGCUUAGAGCUGUUUGUCAACAUAUUGGAGAUCAUUCUUCAGGUCAUUUUGUAACACUAAGAAAAGAGUUAGUUUUUGACAGUGAAAAGAAGAUUAAAAGUAACAAGAUAGAAGAUUGUAGUGAAAUUAAUAAUUUAAAUCAAUUAACUUCAAACUGUAAAUUUGAGGAGUCGAAAGGUGAUUUAAAUAAAUGGUAUAGGGUUUCUGAUAAUAGUGUUUCACAAAUUGAUGAAAAAUUUUUAGAUAACUGUCAGCCAUACUUGCUUAUUUAUGAUAAAAUAUAA